GUUUGCCCCGCCCCUCCGGCAGCUUCCGGCGGAAGUGGCGGCGUCAGCGGAACCGGCCGGAGUUGAGGGGGCACCGGGGGCCCGGGCGAGCGCCCCGCCAUGGAGAAGUUCGGGAUGAACUUCGGGGGCGGCCCCAGCAGGAAGGAGCUGCUGGAGACCAUCGAGACGCAGAAGCAGCAGCUGCUGCGCUUCCAGGCGCGCCUCAAGGACGUGGUCCGCGCCUACAAGAGCCUGCUGCAGGAGAAGGAGGCGCUGCAGGCCAGCCUCAAGGCGCUCUCCGCGCCCCACCACGGGGAGCCGGCGCCGCCCCCUCCCGCCGCCGGCGACUCCGCGGACGAGCGGAGCUCGGAGCGCGGCGAGGACACCGCGGGGACGGCCGGCGAGGAGGAGGAGGAGGACAGAGCACAUCCCCAGGGGGCCGAGGAGCCGAGCGGCCCCGAGGGCGAGGAGCCGCGGCUGCGGCAGCUGCGGGCGCAGCUGGGCACGCUGACGGCCGCGCUGGCCACGGUGACGCGGGAGAAGUCGCGCACCGAGGCCUCGUACCGGGCGGAGCGGCGGCGGAUGAAGCGGGAGCUGGAGGAGGCGCGCGCCGAGGCGGAGCGGGCCCGGCAGCUGAGCCUGGAGCUGGAGGAGCUGCGCGGGGAGCUGCGGGAGGAGAACGGCAAGGAGGACCCGCGCGUCCAGGAGCUGCAGGAGGAGGUGGCCGGCCUCAAGAACCACUUCCAGCUGCAGCUGGUGCAGGAGAUGAAGAAGACAGCCCAGGCCGAGGAGCAGCUGCGGCAGCGCUCGCAGCGGGAGGAGCGGCGCGUGGCCGAGCUGGAGGCCCAGGUGGCCCAGGCGUCCGAGCUGCUGGGCACCUACGAGAAGGCCAAGCAGAGGGACCAGGGCACCAUCCAGAGGCUCAAGGACCGCGUCGUGCAGCUGGACCUGGAGAACAAGACCUUGGCCCUCGCCGCCUCCAGCCGCUCCCUGGGCGAGGCGGCCGCGGAGGAGGCCAGCCCGGACGUGAGCGCGCUCAAGGACAAGAUGGAGAAGCUGCGGGAGGCCGCCGGGAAGGGCCCGGAGGCGGAGGAGCCGGAGCCGUCCCCGGGUGGCGGGGACAAGGCCCCGGGGGGGCACUGCCAGCAGGAGCUGAGGCAGCUCAAGGAGGAGUUGGAGCGCUGCAAGGCGAGGGCGCAGCAGGUGCUCAAGAGCAAGGCCGCCAAGGACGUGGGCCUGGCCAAGGAGCUGCAGGAGGCGCGGGAGCAGCUGGCGGAGCUCCGGGACAAGCACGUGCUGCUGCAGCUGGCCGCGGACGACGCGGAGAAGCAGCGCCGGCAGGAGCUGGAGGCCGGGAAGCAGGAGCUGUCGCAGCUGCAGCAGCUGCACCGGCAGGAGCUGGAGCGGUGCCAGCUGGAGUUCCGGGAGCGGGCGCUGCGCCUGGAGGAGGAGAUGCACAAGCAGCGGGACCGCGCGCUGGCCGUGCUGGCCGAGAAGGACCGGGAGCUGGAGCGGCUCCGCGCCCUCGCGCUGCCCCACGGCCCCCAGAGCCGCCGGGACGCUCCCGGCCGGGACUCCUCGGAGAUCCUGCCGCAGGCGCUGCAGCUGAGCUCCGCCUCCGAGCCCACCUUCUUCCUGUACGCGGAGCAGCUGGCGCGCAAGGAGGUGGAGAUCGCGGCGCUGCGCAAGCACAAGCACCAGCUGGAGGCGCAGCUGCGCCAGCUCCAGGGCAGGGCCCUGGCCGAGGAGGACAAGCACCGGGAGGAGGUGGCGGCGCUGCGGGGCGAGAUCCAGAAGAGCUGCCGGGACAAGAGCAGGGAGGGAGCCAACCUGGAGUACCUGAAGAACGUGGUGUACCGGUUCCUGACGCUGCCGGACGCGCGGGGCCGGCAGCAGACGCUCACGGCCAUCCUGGCCAUCCUGCACUUCAGCCCCGAGGAGAAGCUGAGCAUCGCCAAGAGCUCGGCCCACGGCUCCUGGUGGCUCCACGGGAAGAGAUGAGGGGUGGGUUUUUAUUCCCUUUUCCGUAAGAGCUCCUUCCCGAGGACUGACCAAAACCUCGUCCCAGCCACGCCCGCAUCUCUGCAGGGUUUGGGCUCCGGUUGGAGUUUUUAGAUUUGCAGUGAGGUUGUGCCAGCUUUUCCAGCCCCAAAGCCUCCUUUGGUGGGAAUUUGCUUCGAGUUGAGACUUGAUUUGAUAAACCGUGGAAUUGAAGAUGCUGAGGUUUUUUUAAAGGUGAUUUAAAAGCAAUCCCCUACCUGUCAGACGUGGCAUCGAGUGGAAUUCACUUGGAUCUUCAAGCUCCAGCCUGGCUGGUGACUCAGGAGAUGAAAGGGAAGGUGGGAAGCACUUUAGGUGGAGCUGAAACAGCACCAGGCCAUGGAAAGCUCAGGAGGAUGGGGCUCAGUGCAGGAAAUCUUGGGCAUUUUCCCCUAAGGCUCUUUUCCAGAGCCUGAUUUAACCAGUGGAUGCAGCUCCAGGCUCAUCCAGGAGCUCAGGCUCUCCUUAUUUCCCAGAGAUCCUCUCUGGGCUAUCAGGGGUUCUAGGAAGGAGAAAGGAUCUCCCUGUGGAUGAUUCCCAUCCUGAGGGUGUUGUUUUCCUGCCCCACCUUGGGAAUUAAAUCCUGGCUGC